ACCUGGUUGACGUCGUGUCGCAGCACAGAACGUGUUGAUAGAGAGGUGAUCCCCCUUCACCAGAAAAAUACACCAGAAAUCACGGACUGCACAGCGUAACGACUUCCUCCCAAUCUCUUCAUAUCAGUACCAGUAUCCGAUGGUUUCAUUGUCAGAUUAUCAACGAUCCUAUUCAUGACCGCUAGGCUGUGAGCGUACGACAGCAUGGCUGUUAAAGAGGAAACCUUACACCAUGCCACUCAUGACCUAAUUCUACCGAAGCCUCGAAAGUACUACCGUGCUUCCAUAGCUACUGAACAUUGGCAACUUCGCUCUCUUGUGAGCUCGCCGGAGAAGAGCAUAAUAUACUUCCCCAGCGGAAACAAUGUCGUUGCUUUAAACACCAAAACUCGAGAGCGCGAGGUGAUCGCGAAAUUGUCCUUCUCCCCGAGAUGCCUUACCGCAUCGAAAGAGUGGUUAUGCUGUGGAGGAGAUAAGGGGGAUUAUACAGCCGUAUGCCUAGACGAUAUUACAUCGAGCGUAGAAUCAACUCAAGAGGCGGACCCGGACGCUCGGCUGCCUCUCGAUCUCGACGUACCCCGUCGGGCAAUUUCCAUUGAAGGGCCCUCCGACGCGCGCAGCUCUCGUGGACAUCGCCCUGCCGUAGCUGAUGCUAUAAAGAUUGGAAGGGAAAUUGUCAACUGCAUAACUCUUUGGUCUCCCAGUGAGGAUGCAUCUACUGCGGCCUACAAAAUGCCAGUCGCUGUGGUCUCGAAUAAUGAUUGCACGGUGUCUAUUCUAAAUGUCAGAACCUCGGAAACUCUGGAAAAGUUGAUCAUGCCCGAUUUUGUCAACCGCUCGGUCCUGUCUCCGGACGGAAGAUUGCUGGCCACCAUCUGCGAUGACCCUUUCCUCUACAUUCACGAACGAAAACAAAGGGGCGAAUUCAAGAAAGAACGAUUCGGAAAACCUGGGCCGGGCUACGAUUGGUCAUUAACUGGAAGGAUACAAUUAGAGGGACAAUAUCAGGGCGACAAGUCGGUCAUGCGAGGAAGCUUCGCGGCCUGCUUCUCGAAAUCCGGCAAAUAUCUCGCUGUUGCAACCCAAUAUGGUCUCAUUUCUGUAUUUGAUGUUGAAAGCCUGCCAGAACCCAUUAGUCCAUUGGUUGUGUUCACCAGCUCGAGGCCCGGUGUUGAGAGUGGGGCUAUAAGAGCGAUGGAAUUUUCACCUGGACCUUUCGAUCUCCUCGCAUGGACGGAGGCCAGCGGCAGAGUGGGAGUUGCUGAUGUUCGAACGUUGUUUUUGUCCCGUCAACGGCUUGACAUUGACUCUCAUGCUAGUGGAGUAGAGAGAGUCAUCGUAUCAGACAGAGCAGGCGAACCCAUGAUAGACCCAAGGCUCCGUACCUUUCGAACGGAUUCCCCAAGCACUCCUGAUUACUUGGGUCUCGAUCUCGAACGGAGACAGUUACGGCAUUUGACUCGGGAGAUGUUAGAUAGGCACCAGGCCCCAUUAACAGCAGAAGAACUUGAGGUGCUCCAAGCCCAUAGAAUUGCUAGGCGACAAAGAGAUGCUGCGAAUGCUGCACGGGAAGCUCGUGAAGCACUUGCUGAGGCAUCCGCUACAUUAAGAUUGGAAUCACGGGCUGACGAUCAGCGAUCAACGACCGCAUCAACAAGCACCGCAAAUCCUGAGCCAAGUGGAAGCAAUGAGCGCCGAAUCUCGACAGCUGGUCUCCCAGCCGCUCUACGAGAGUUUGUGAAUCCAACAGACCGCACCGCGGCUUCAAUUCGAACAUUUAUCAACGAGCGGAACCGUGAGAGCGAAAGGCGAAACCGUAGUUCGAUGAUCCUAGCUGCUGCUGAAAAUGCGACUGAGCAAGAGACGAUAGGCCCGAGCAAUUCCAGAAGUAACAACGAAACACCAUCGGCCCUUGAACGUCUUGGGAUCACACUGCCUCGCCUACCGGACAUUGUCACAGACUUUCCUAGUAAUCCGUGGGCAGAGAUAGAUGCUCUCUAUCGCUCGCGAUAUACGGACCCCCCUCUUGAUAGGACAACUCGUCUUCGGAUUGAGAUCGAGGAAGAGGAUCGCCGAGACUUUGUUCAUCGGUUGAGACAGCCCUGGCGCCCAUUAGAUGAUCAUAGUGAGCCUGCAGAUCGACAAGAGAAUGAUUUGAGAGAUGCGCUGGGCCACCCCGACGAAACAAUGGGCUGUUGUUGGAGUGAAGAUGGUCGGAUUUUGUAUAUUGGCGCAAAGGAUGGUAUUCACGAAUUUCAUGUCAAUUUGGCAGGAAGGAAAAUAUUUCCCAGCCUUGUAUUACGAUGAUAUGCCUGAGGGGGCGUUUUGGAUCUUACGGCAUAAUGGUGUAAGAUAAUUGCAUCUUGGAUAUUUCAGCAAGAAUCCAUUGAUUUCUCCCAAAACGAUAGCUACAUUGAACCUUCCCGUCAUGGGUGAGUUGGCAAUCGACUAUUUGAUCUUGUAUUGAGGUCGGCGUUGUAACAGAGAAGGCAUUGACCAGCCCAUAAAAAAAGGCGAGAAAUAGUGAGCCCCUUCAGUGCUCGUCAGUUGGUGUUGUAUGAAUCGGUAUUGCUUGUCCAAUAGUCUGUAUCAUUUCUAGGCAACUAGUGACUCACGGUCCUCAAGUCAGGGGUAGUAGUCAGCUGAUGCCUAGAAUAGGGUCCCGCCUACCGGUACCUGACCCGUGCCGUACGUGCGCAAAGCAUCGCAACAUUGAUAUAAACUAGAACCUCCACAUAAGAAUUAGAAGUAAAUAUUU